UCACGAGUGGGAAGUCUGUUCUCAACGCAGGACAAACAUGGAGUCUCCUGAAAGGGUUGAGACUCCACCGCGUUCCCCGGCAGGGACCAAGACAGGAAAGGAUGUUUCAGAGAUGGUGGCCUCCGAAGAAGCGGUCGCGUUCAUGUUAAGCAUCGAGCCCGUGGAGCUGACCAAAUGUGUGUUUGCGGACUCUCUGGUGACCAUUUCAGAAGGGGGUCGAGACUUGGGGAGGUUCUGCGUGUCAAUGGAGUUUGCCCACAGAGCUCACCAGCCAUGUGUGCUGCUCCACGCACAAAGCCAGGGGGCUAUCGACGACUCCCCAUGUGGAACGACAGUGACAGCCUACCUAACUGCUGACCUGGAGGUGCUGGAGGAGGAUCACCACGAGUAUGUCAAGCUUGAUGGCCAUAUUUUGGACAAGCAAUGUCACAUGGUGCAAUGUGAUGGAGAGAUGAGUAUUGAAAGAGUCACCACUGAUGGAAAGGAGGUGACAAGGGACAGUGUUUCAUAUUCCAUGACUGCCCUGAGAGGCCUUGUGACUGAGGGUUCCAACUUCUUGCUCAUGCGUCUUCUUGCGUUGAGGAAGAAAAUCCCAGAGCACAUGACUUGCAUCUCCUUUGACCAGAAGUUACGCAUCAGCUGCACAACUUUUCGAGGUCUGGAACAGGAACAGAUGGAGAUUGAGGGAGAAACUGUGGAGGUAUUUGGAGUGGAGAGGAUUGUUCAUUCUGUGGAUGAAAGCCCUACUACAUGGCAGUGCUACUUUUUGGCUGAUGGGCAUCUUGCUAGCAGAUUGCAGGUGGGAUCUCCGGUUACAAUGAGGUUACUGCAACUGCCAUCACAGAAAGAAGAAGCUUAUGAUAAAAUCCCCCUGGUUUGGGAAGAAGACAUACAGAUGCGUUCUAAGUUCUUGGACAGAAAGGAGGAGUUGAAAGCUGACCAUGCGUCAUAUUUAAGAGCGCACCCAGAGAUCCGCGCACUCAUAUCUGACUUCCUGCAAUUUUUGCUCCUCAAAAAACCAAAUGAUGUCUUCCAGUUUGCCAGAGAAUACUUCCUCCCCUUCACCUCAAACACAAGCCUAGAUACCUGAUUACGUUGAUAUCUCACAUUUUCACAAUCACAAGUUUAUAUAACAGCUGUUCAUUCAUCAACACUGGCUACCUUUAUUUUAUGUUAGUGACAUAUGGCAUUAGUGUGUGUGAUCAAAAGAAAAUGUGUUUCUCAGUGUGACAUUGCAUGCGAUUGGGUGGCGACCAAUCCAGGAUAUAGCUUGCUUCUCACACAAAGUCAGAUCGGAUAGGCCCCAGCACUCCAUUCACCCUUAUGAAAAUAAGUGCUAUAACAAAUGAUACAUUUGGGCAGAGUUGAAUGGACAGCACACCUUUCAAAAUAGGAACGCAUUCAAGAAAAUGUCAUUGAAGACAAGAAGAAUCACCAGAAGGAAUUAAUUGAUAAAUGUGCCACGGAAGGGAUUACAAGUGACAGAUCUUUGGAAAGAACGAAGAAUAAAAAUAUUAUG